UCUUAAACAAUGGCCUCACUAGCACCACCACAAACCACCACCACCACCGGAAAAAACCUCUCUUCCUCCUCCACCUACGCUUCUUCUUUCUCUUUCAAAUCAUCUCAAGUUCCCAUAUCAAGAAACCGCACCAAACGCCAUGCAGUUUCAUGCAAAACCCUAGAUAACCAUAACGAUGAUCACCAAGAAAACUCACCAAAAAUUGACCGGAGAAAUGUUAUGUUGGGUCUUGGUGGUCUUUACGGUGCUGCUGCCACCUUCGGAUCCGGCUCGUUGGCAUUCGCGGAUCCGAUAAUGGCACCUGACAUCACAAAAUGUGGUGCAGCUGACUUACCACAGGGGGUUAAACCUAUUACCUGUUGUCCUCCAGUUGCCAAAAGCAUUAUUGAUUUCAAACCACCACCGGUAUCAACCACCCGAAUCCGGCCGGCGGCUCAUUUGGUCAAUAAAGACUAUAUUGCCAAAUUCAACAAAGCAAUCGAGCUCAUGAAAGCUCUCCCGGAUGAUGAUCCUCGUAGUUUUAAGCAACAAGCUGCGGUUCAUUGUGCGUAUUGUGAUGGCGCUUACGAUCAAGUCGGGUUUCCCGAUCUUGAGCUUCAAGUCCAUGGUUCAUGGCUGUUUUUACCUUUCCAUCGUCAUUAUUUAUACUUUUUCGAGAAAAUUUGUGGAAAAUUGAUUGACGACCCGAGUUUUGCCAUCCCAUUCUGGAACUGGGAUGCUCCAGAUGGGAUGACAAUACCAAAGAUUUACACGGACAAGAAAUCUCCGUUGUAUGAUACGUUUCGUGAGGCUAGGCAUCAACCACCGUCUAUAGUCGAUCUUGACUUCAACGGGGUUGAUGAGAAUCUUAGCCGGUCGAAACAAGUUUCGACGAAUCUCACAAUUAUGUAUAGACAAAUGGUGUCUAGCGCGAAGACUGCUAGUCUUUUUAUGGGUAACCCCUAUCGCGCUGGCGAUGAGGUCCCUGGUGGUGGCUCUCUAGAGAGCAUACCACAUGGCCCGGUCCAUGUCUGGACCGGGGACAGUACCCAACCCAAUGGGGAAGAUAUGGGUAACUUCUAUUCCGCGGGUAGAGAUCCACUAUUCUAUGCACAUCACGCAAAUGUGGAUAGAAUGUGGUCAGUUUGGAAAACCCUAGGAGGGAGAAGGGCCGAUUUCACCGACAAAGACUGGCUUGAUUCGUCGUUUUUGUUCUACGAUGAGAACGCGGAGAUGGUUCGAGUCAAAGUGCGAGAUUGUCUUGACUCGAAGAAUCUUGGCUAUGUUUACCAAGAUGUGGAAACACCAUGGCUAAACACCAAGCCCACACCACGUAUCAAUAGGGUACUAAACAAGAUCAAGAAACUAGGCUCCGCUCGAGCCGACGAGCACAUUCCCUUUGCGAAGGACGUGUUUCCAACGAGCCUCAAUAAGACGAUCAAAGUGUUGGUUCCUAGACCGAAAAAAUCAAGAAGCAAGAAACAAAAAGACGAAGAAGAGGAGAUUUUGGUGAUUGAAGGGAUUGAGGUUAAGAGAGAUGAGUUUGUGAAGUUUGAUGUGUUUGUGAACGAUGAAGACGACGGGAUGAACGCGACCGCGGAUAAGACGGAGUUCGCCGGAAGCUUUGUGAAUGUGCCUCAUAAGCAUCAUAAGCAUGGGAAGAGUGCGAAGACUAGAUUGAGGUUUGGGAUAAGUGAGCUUCUGGAUGAUUUGAAAGCUAAUGAUGAUGAUAAUGUGUUGGUUACAUUGGUGCCAAAGAAUGGAGCUGGUGAGAUUUCCAUUAAAGGGAUUAAGAUCGAGCAUGAAGAUUGAUGAGAAUUGAUGUAAGAUCUUAAUUGUUUACCGUUUUUAUUUUCCCCAUAAAUAAAGACAUGACUAUGAUGUAAUAGGGGAUAGAUUUGGUCAAUAAUAUUGUACCGUCCGGAACAUUUUACUUAUGUUAUGAUCAAAUAUUUGUUUUGAUAAUAUAUGAUUCGCUUUCACUA